UCCGGUUAGGACGGGAUGCUCCGCGCAGCGAUCCCGUGUGAGGACUUUCUAUCACCGUUCAUCCGAAAGCAAGGGAACAUAUACAAACCCAACAAUAAAGAGAUGGAAAACGACAGUUUGAACGGGAAGACGAUGGAGGACGUCCACACGAAAGAGAUCGACCUGGUGAACCGGGACCCGAAGCGCAUCAACGACGACGUUGUCAGGGUGGACUUCGAGGACGUGAUCGCCGAGCCCCCCGGCACCUACAGCUUCGACGGCGUGUGGAAGGCCAGCUUCACCACCUUCACCGUCACCAAGUACUGGUGCUACCGCCUGCUCACCGCGCUGGUCGGCCUCCCGCUGGCCCUGAUCUGGGGCGUCUUCUUCGCCAUCCUGUCCUUCCUGCACAUCUGGGCGGUGGUGCCCUGCGUGAAGAGCUUCCUGAUCGAGAUCCACUGCGUGAGCCGCGUGUACUCCAUCUGCGUGCACACAUUCUUCGACCCCCUGUUCGAGGCCAUGGGCAAGUGCUGCAGCAGCAUCCGCGUCAGCAGCAUCAAGGAGGUCUAGGCUCAGGGGAGCGCCGAGCUGAUCGCUUGCUCCUCUCCGGAGGGCGUGGUGGGGGGGGGGGGGGGGGGUCUGAAGCGGAGGAGGGGGGGAUGGAGAGUCGGGGGGGGGGGGGGGGAGGGUUGACCGUGUGACAACGCUGAGGGAGGGGGGGUUUUGUUUUAAACAGAGAAGAUGAUGGCAAUGUACCCCUGGGAAGAAGAAACAGGAGGCAAAACAAUUUUUAAGAACUGGUUUUGUGGUGGUGUGUGGGCCUCCCCAUCGCGCUCCGCGUUCUGUUACUAAACAUGUUUCCGUGUAAAGCUGUGUUUUACUCCUCAAUCUCCAUCACUGGUGUCAACCAACUCAAGGGCCCAGGGAGUCAGAUGGUCAUUCUUUAGGGUGACUUGGCUCAUUUGUUUGAGUUCUUGACAUGUUUUAUUUUAAUUUGAUUUCAUCCCCCAUUGUUAUGGCUGCCCAGUGGGCCCCUUCUCCACUUCUCCAGGCUGGAGGAUGUUUCUGACACAAUGUACAUUCCUUCCAUUCUUCAAGCUAUUCCCCUCACAGCUCCGAUAGCGUUAGCAUAGCGUUAGCAUGGCCCUGGCUGUGUUUGGUCCACGGGGAGAGCCACCAGGUGUCCCUGGACUCAGCCAGAAUGUGACCCUGCCCCCCCCACCCGCCAACCCCCUACCCCAGACCUCCGGUCAAUGCCCCCUGCCCCCCCCAGCGCUCUGGUCAAUGCCCCCAACCACCCACCCACCUCCAGUCCCAACAUUCUGACACGGUGACUUCAUUCCUGCUUGUUUCCACCGUCUCCAUGACAACAGCGGACAUUGGCGCCCCCCCCGGUGGAAAAGCCCUCUUCCUCUGGGUCCGUAUUCACUCUCCGCUUCUAUAGGAUAACGUUCGUAUCUCUGUGAAGUCCUCUGCAUCUCCCACAACACGCUCAAUUUCACCAAGUUUUUUAGGACACCUUAUAUUUUUGUUUUUGUAUACUCAUCUUUUAUCUGAACUGUAUUGUGUUUCAGUGAAUCUGCAGCCGUCCGGGCAAAACAACAUGUGUUUCCUACACUUUUCAACAUGAAGUACUUUAAAGGGGAAAGGAGGGCUAACUUUAAAUAUCUUUGUGGCUAUGUGUGUGUGUGUGUGUGUGUGUGUGUGUGUGUGUGUGUGUGUGUGUGUGUGUGUGUGUGUGUGUGUGUGUGUGUGUGUGUGUGUGUGUGUGCACCAAAUGGGUUGAUGUCGCGUCCUGCAACAGCACUAUUCCCAGUGAACACGCGCGUCAAACGAUGAUGAAAAGCAUUGUGAGUACAUAGUAAGUACUGUUACCGCUGUGUGAAAACUCUUAUGCAUUAGAAACCCUAAAGGCUCCCCAACAACAUGUCCAUGUACCAAGUAUUGUCCUUUGCCAGGGUUCAAACACACGCCUACAACAGGGAGGGGGGCUGUUGUACUCCAGCAGGAGGCCAUCCGUUCCAUUUAGUUGGUGUUUAAUGGUGUGUCUCGGUCCUGUGGACUACAGCCUGGUCCCCGGUCCUGCUUCUGAACUGUGGAAACCCCCCCCCGCCCCCCCACCCCCCUCCGACCCCCGAUGUAGGGCACGGGGGGGGGGGCUGGAGGACGGAGGCCGUGGUGGAGAGGGGGGGGGGGGGGACUCUGCGAUCCCGCCGCCCGGGUCUGGCUGUGAGUUGGUUAUUGAUAUGAAGAGAUAUUAAAGGUGAUACUUUUAUUAUUUUUAUGUCUUUACUGCUUUUUUCUGUUUCACGCUGUGCACAUUAAAAUAUAAUCUUAUCUCAUCGUA